CAGGGUAAAAGGUAAAAGCAUGUAAUAGCAAACAGAACGCUAACUACAAAAUAUAUGGUUUGUCACCGUUGUAUCCCAGUGAACCUAAAUGCGUCACAAAAAGUCACGUGACAAUAGCACUCUUCUCUUAUUGGUCAGCGGAGGGCGCUAGAAUACAAACAGGAAGUUUUUUGGUGUACGGAGUUGCGAGUGAAGACUAGCAUGAUUAACACAGCAAGGCUUACUUGGUUUUUGUUGGUAACGUUGAAACAUUUCUAGACUACUUACAAGGCCAUACUCUACUAAAUCGUCAAUUGCACAUUUAAAGCGACAUCCUUCACUGAGAGAAGAUACGUUCGGUAAGCCACUAGUACUAUCCAUCUAUCAAUGUAACCGGCUAUCAGUUUGGCUGUUAGACGUCUUGAGCUACUUUUGCUAAUUCUAAGUCCAUGUAUAAUGGUGUGGUAUAUCCAUUGUGUGUUGAAAAGUGUGACAAUUUAGUAAUACGUCAAAUAGAAUAUAAAUAGAAAAUAAUAGUAAUGACGCCAUAAACUUGGUGUAAACAAAUUUACACUUUACAUGUAAAAUAAACGUAUUAUUGUCAGGAAUACCUUGUCGUUGAUGUCCCUCGUAAUGUCCAAGUGCCUCUGACAGCACACCACAGCCUCAUCAAACCUCCCCAGCACCUUGAGCGUGUUCCCAAGGUUCCCGCUGGCUUUGGCUUCUCCCAGCAGAUCACCAAUGGUCCUACAAAACAACAUGUUGAGACCAUAUCUGGAUCUAAAGAAGAUGGAUUCGGAUGGCGUCGGUGAACAACCUGGUUAAGGUGAGGUCAUGCCGGUGGAACUCCAGCGCCUUGGCGUAGUCGUGCAGGUGGAAGUAGGCGUUUCCCAGCUGGCUGUAUAUGGCGCUGAGCACCUGCAAGUCUUCCGUGCCCACCUGGAUGGCUGCUUCAAAGAAGGAGACACCCGCUCUGUAGUCGCCCACCUUGCAGAGUCGCUCGCCUUCCAGUGCCAGCUCCAGGCAGGACACCUCCAUCCUGUAGUGCACAGAAGAUAAAAAGUGAGUCAUGGAGGUAGAACCAGAGGAUUCUGAUGACGGCAUCCAGAGAGAGCAUAAGACCACUGUAUUGUGGGAAAAGUGCAUCCAGCAGAGCAUCGUGGUGGACCUCAGCGAAGAUGAAAGCCUCCGCCUCAGUGAUCUGCAGCCUUCUUCCUUAGCCUUCAAUUUCUUGAAGGUGGAGUCUGAAGGGUCAGAAGCCAGUGUUCAUCUCAAGGAAAGUGAUGAGCUAUCAGGAGUGGAUGAUACCCCCUCAGGUUCCGGUGUUGUCAGUUGUGAGAAGCUCGAAUCACACAAGAGUGGCAUCUUGCAAAGACACCUCAUGCAAGAUGAGGAGACCCUGCACCAAGAGUAUGAAAACCCUGAGCAGAACACCAGCGAUGAGGAUCAGGAGGACCUUCCUUAUGACGGCGAUCUUGGCAGCCUUUACUUCACCCACAUGGUUGCUUCUAAGAGUAACGUGACAUCUGAUGGAGAACAAAGUGCAAGCGGUUUACAUUCGGCUGAAAAUGUGGAAAAACAAGCAACUUUAUCGCAAGAGGAUGCCAGAAAGCACAAUGAGGUCAUCCCGUCAUUCAUUUGUCCUCCAGCUGAUGUUAACCAGCUGCUGCGACAUCUCACCAGGGAGGAGUCGCUACAGACAGGAAGGCCGAUUGAAGCAGAGACCCUGCCGGAAGUGUCCCUGCUGGAGAGUGUAGAUGACGUUCUCUGGAGUGCAUCAACUUACAACAAUACUACAGCGCUGAGCAGUAUCUCUGAGCGAGAGAAGAGUUCAUCAAAAAGUGUCCAUCUAGAGGAGACUAAUCCUGACAACACUAAUCCUGAGUGCAAAGUCCCACAUUUGCACAGAUCUUUUGGUGACCUAAAGUACGGCCAAGGUCAAGUUCAUUACCCACUCCCUGACUUCUCCAAGGUAGCUGCCAAGGUGAAAAUCCCAAAGGGUCACUCAAGUGGUCCGGCCAGGCCUGUUCCUCAAGUUCCCAGCUCUAUGAUUAGAAGCCAGUCCUCUCCAGUGAUGUUAGAGGUGAUCAGCAGAGUUCUGGAGGAUUCAGGCCAGCCUUCAGAGACUCCUCAACACAUACAUCAGCAGACUGGUCCUGCAAUGGUGCAUCACCUGCAGGCUGAAUAUGAUAAAUUACUGGCCAAAUACACAGACACUGAGAAUAUGAGGCUGGGGAUCAAUCCCUCUUCUGACUUUUACAUCAAGAGCUAUGAAGGUGAUCCAGGAAAUGCAAGUGAGGGAAGCCAUGUUGGACCACUGGCUCCUCACAUUCCAACACUGGUUGAAAAUCAGUUGAUCACGUCUGAUCAAGAAGAGGUCAGUGAUGCUGAAAAAAUGGCAGCUGAGCUGAGAGAUGUCAUCAGCCAGUUCAUGCAGACGGUGCAUGACUUUAAGCAGAGAGUAAGCAACAGGUCGGUUAGCAGAGAAGAGCAGCAAACGAUGUUCAGGAUCUUGAUGGAAGCCCAGGACCAGUUGGAAAGAAAAUACAUGAGCAAGAAGGAAGAGCACAGAGCUCUAGAAAUGCAGAAUUAUCUGGGCCUGAGCAGAAAUAUUGGAACAUUCGACCCAAACAGGCUGGUGGAGGGAGAUAUAUUCAGGGUGGGAAUGCACCUCGAAGACAUAAAGGAAAUGAUUGACAAAAAUAUGUGCGAGCAGAUCAUCCCUCCUCUUUUAUCAUCUACUCCAAAAACCAUAACCAUGAAAGCCACGCCGCUAUCAUCACAUGAGGGGUCAAGUGUAGGUUUGACCACUGACUGUUUGAAAAUGGAGACAAAGACUGAGGCCAAAAAAGAGGCCAGUGGAGAUGAUGGAUUAUUUGAAGAAAAGAGCGAGAUCCUAAGUGAUGACUUAACAAAGAGCAGCAAUAGGCUUUCUAUUGACUUUGUGGAGGGACACCCAGAAGAUGAAGAAGAAGGAGAAGCGGACUUGUCAAAGGGGAAAGGUGGCAGUCAGCAAUGGACACCAGGAAGUGGUACACAGGAUGCUGGUCUGAACCCAAAAUCAGAAUGUGACCUUGUGGAUGGCGUUAGUCUGGUGGUGGAGGUCUCCUCCUCUGAUGCAUGCUCACCAUCACUAUCACAGGGGGUUGUUUGUAGAGAGACAGACAGUGGUUUUGGGAGCUCCUACUUGAAUCAAUCCAGCGGAACAUUUCAGCCUAGUCCUCCUACAGAAAGAGUGCACAGUGAUGGACUAAGUACCUCAGACAGUGAAGGCUCCUCCUUCAACCUGCAGACAACCAUCCAUCCAUCAGACGUGAACAGCUGGCAGCGGACCAGCGGCAGUUCACCAGUCCAAGCUACUGUAGCGGAUCUGUGGGUGCAAGGUACCACUAAAGACUCAGUCAAGCUGCAAGGCCCUGUUGCAAGCAAUUACUUCACCUCUGAACCCAUCCUGAGAACUGCCAUGGAUGGAGAACAUAAAGAACGCCACAUGUGCACUUGCAAUAGUGAGGCUAUCCAAGCUUUGCAAGCAGAAGUAUCAAAGCUGAAGAAGGAUCUAGAAGAAGGCCUGGUCCAACUUCCUCAACUGGUGCAGAAGAUGGACUACCUUGCCUCCAAAUACAGGCAAGAGCGUAGGUCCAAUAAUAAACCAAGGAUCCACCACAAGCCAACCAGGCAGCGGCAAACCAGUCGGUUAAGACUAGACGACUGGAUUUCAACAGAUAUGGACCCAAGCAAGAGCAAAGGGACAGACAGUGGUGACACGUCCUGCUCUCAGAUGAUGCUGCACUGCCACAGUAGGCCUGUGGGAGGCGACAGAGUCAAUUCAAUUUCAGUAUCAGAUGGAAUCACGCCUGGACCCACAAACUCUUGUUUGAAGGAAAAAAGACACAAUAAUUCCAAACAGAGGAUGCAGAAGGCCUCCAUAGAAAGAUGGUCUGGCCCAUUGCCUUCAUCCACCCAGAGACCCCUUCUACAGGUGGGCUAUGCCUCCUCCUGCAGUCUACCUGCAAGCUACAAAGUGAGGGAACUACCUGUUCAUUCCGUGGCCCAUCCCCGGAAACAUUCCACCCAGUCGGACACAGCACUCCUACCCAGCAAUGUGUACUUUCAGCAGACACUGUCCCCUGCAUCAGCAUUCCGGACAGGAAGCAAGGAAGAGAAGAUGAACAGGCCUCUAGACCAGGCUCUCGAGGCAGCCCGCGACAUGAAGAGGAAAACCGACCGCAUGGUGAAGAGACUGACAGGCGACCUGGUCAAAGCUCAGCUGAUGCCGCAGGAGAGUGCACAGCAUUCAGUCAGUAGGAGGCAGGACACAACACAUCACUUCAUACAGAGAACACAUAGGACCACCGGAGACUAUUUCUUUAGCUAGUGCAUAAUAUUCAUUCAUUUUAUAUACCGCUUGUCUUUGUUGGGGUCGCGGGGGCAUGCUGGAGCCUAUCCCUAGGCAGUGCAUACUAUAUCUUAUUUCAUUAUUAGGAUUAUUCAUUCAUUCAUUUUCUACUGCUUUUCCUCACGAGGGUCGCAGGGGGUGCUGGAGCCUAUCCCAGCUGUCUUUGGGCGAGAGGCAGGGUACACCCUGGACUGGUGGCCAGCCAAUCACAGGGUACAUAUAGACAAACAACCAUUCACACUCACAUUCAUACCUAUGGACAAUUUGGAGUCGCCAAUUAACCUAGCAUGUUUUUGGAAUGUGGGAGGAAACCGGAGUACCCGGAGAAAACCCACGCAUGCACGGGGAGAACAUGCAAACUCCACACAGAGAUGGCCGAGGGUGGAAUUGAACCCUGGUCUCCUAGCUGUGAGGUCUGCGCGCUAUUAUUAGGAUUAUAAUUAUUGAAUCUAAAUCUAACUGCCAAUACUGAGCACUUUCACUCCCUGUUUGAAAUACAGAAGAAUAGAAUACGUAGAUGCUAUCAGUCACAAUUUCACAUGUCUUAAUUAAUAGAAAUAAUUUGACCUAAAAAAAAACUUUUAUGAAGAGUAUAAUCCCUGGUGUUGCUCAUUUCAUAAUUCAGAUGUUUAGAUAUUUCACUUAUAUUUCUGCAUUCAGAGCACAAACUGCGAAGGAACCUAAAAUCUGCACAUACAUAGGUCAAUAAAGUAAAAUAAAAUAUAAACAUUUUUUAAAAUUAGGUACAGUAAAGUCUCGAUAUUGUCGGGAGUCGGAAAAAAUAUCGAUAUAACCGGACUGUCGAUAUAUCCGAUCCUGCGCCGAACUGCAUUAAAAGUGGGCAAUAAUGCACUCGACAUUGUUCUAUAGUAUAGAACAAUGUCGAGCAGCUUAAAUCAAUCUUUGCUUAAGGAUUUCAAUACCAAAAAAGAACACGAAUAUUUUCGAAUCGUAAUUACAUAUUGAGGAGGAACAUGGCAACUCCACGUAUAAGGCUGCAGAAUAAGUAAUAUAAUAAAUAAAUAUGCUUCCCAGUGGUUUGCGAAAGAAUACAUGCAAUAAGCUGCAGGGGUAAAGUGAUAAAGAUGAAUCAAAUAAAAAGUGGGUCAUGUAGUCAAUAUAACAUUUCGGGUAAAUCCCACUGUGUCUUCAAUUCAAGUGAAUAUCAACUUCAGUCCCCCUAGCUAUGUUUCCAAUGGCCGUCUUCCAGCAGGCCUGUGAGCACUACGUGUCCUUUUACUUUGUUUGUGUUAGGUUUGUUUGCUUUGUGGUUCCGCUCCUAUCUUGCCAAAGUCUGUUGGUGAUGCGAUGGGAUGUGUUGUGUGUUUGUCACGGGGCUAUCAAGUUCUGCUGUUGUUCUUAAGGGGGUAUCGGGUAAGGGGACGUAUCCAAACAACGCCUCAGGACUAUAGUUUAGACACACUGGUCUGGGUGAAGCGUGACUUUGCAACUGCAGUACAUGCCAAACAUUUCUUGCAAUUAAACUCCAAUAAAAUUUGCUCUUAGAACUAUGUGUUUUGGACCAUCUGAUAACUUCUGUGCUUUGAGUGGUGUGUCUUAUUCACACAUGAAGUUAAAUUGGAUCAGCUCCUCAUGGACAAUAACAGUCUACAUAAUGUACGUCCAUUACAAUACAGACACUUUGCCACAAAUGAAUAUAAUAUUAUAUUAUACUAUGCUGAACAACUGCAGCAUCUAAUGUGAUCAAAUACAAAAGCUGUAUCAACAACUCUGAUGUACUGAUACCAUAAUUUCAACACCUUUUUUUCUUAAGCUUUGAACACUCCAGCUUAUAAAAUGGUGUGGCUAUGGCUAAAUUGUAAUCUCAUGACAUCUCCUUGACUUCAGAACUACUUCAGUGCACAAGUUUGCCACUGGAGUGUGCAAGUGCAGGAGAUCACUAUACUAGUGGACAGAGACAGCUUGGUACAUGUAAUGUAUAUUUCCUAGGUACCUUUUGAGUGUUAAGUUGCUGUGUGAUGAGUUUAAUGUUGUUUGUAAGACAACACUGUGAGUCAGACUGUUAUCGAAUAAUGACCUCCUGCAAUUUGCAAUGGGUUGGCAAGCUUGUUGUGAGUUUUGCAUCGCUCAUGAUUGGCUCCUGUCAAAUAAAGAGCUGCCUGGUCUUCACAGACUUACGCCACAAUAUGUCAUUUUAUGACACGGACACACGUGACUUAUAUAUGAACAAAUCUGAUUUUUUUCCCUCUAAAUUUAGUGGGUGCUGCUUAUAAAAUAAGAUAUGCCAUUAUUUGUCCCAGAAAUUCCAGUUUUAUAUUAGCAGUUUAUAUUGUUAUUAUUAUUAUUACACUGGAAUUUACGGUACACUGGAUAACAUGCUAGUUUAACUUAACCUACUUCAGUGUAUUGUAUAUAUUUUUUCAUUAUAGCAUAUUACCCUAUAUCAGUGGUUCUCACUUAUUUUCUGUCAUGCUCCCCCAAGGGGACAGAAAUAUUUUCACACCCUUGAUUUAAAAUACUAUUGAGAAACUACUGUACAGACUGAACUUGAAACUGAGACCAACAAAAUGCAACAAAAUGGAGAUUUGUGAAGCAUGCAAGUGUAUUCAAGAGUCAUAUUGCAUGUUGAGUAAGAUAAAUGUGUACAUAUUGGCAUUGAAAGACAGUUCACCCUAACCCCUCGGGGGGCCCGCCCCACUAUUUAAGAAGCACUGACCUAUAUGAAGUUACACAAAAGGUCCCAAACAGAAAUUCAUGCAAUAUCAGUGCUUCCAAUUAGAAAGUAAAAUUAUA